AUGAGUCGUCAUGAUAAUUUUCGCAAUGCUUUCAAUCUCCGAAUGUCUGAUGAGGAAAUCGACGCCACUCUGAUGGCAAAUGGCUAUAGCAUGAUUAGUCUUCACAACUCCCUCAACUCGUAUUCUGGCGAUCAUAGCAAUGACUCGUCACAUCGAUCCAGCUUUGAGGCGGACCGACAAGUUCCCAGAAGACUUACGCCGACAGAACAUGCAACACCUAGAACAAUUCCUAACCUAUCCCAAAGUCCAGAAAUUGAGACGUAUGGGAUAUCUCCGCAUCAGACUUACUUUCCUGAUGAUCGCUCCUAUUAUGGCGUUCACCCCAAUCCUGCCAAAGCACAGAUUAGCAUAGGCGACAGCCAUCUAUAUCACCAUGAUUUACCGCCCAUCGAAAGCCCUGCGGAACGGCGACAAUCUAUUCAACGGGAGUCGAUGCUCAAAGAGCUCUCCCGGGCGUUGCAAACCGAGACCCACCGAAGAGACAGGCCAUCGGAGAAGGUCGUAACUCGGCAUAGCUUGGCAGCUAUUUGGAGCGAAUCUCGCUUAGAGAAAUUCAUAGACCUCGUAAGGCCCGGAUUCGAUAAUGCCUGGAUAGAUAUCAUUCGGGAGGAGUGGCUCCAAACACUAUCUAUACUAGUGGAUAUCGGCUGGCAGGAUUGGGCGAGAUUUGCAGACAUAUUUCUCAUGCAUCACGACGAACAUUGCGAAUGGGACCGUACAGAUCGAAUGAUCCCGACGUAUACACUGGCGAUUCUGGAAGAUGAUUCAUUCUUGGGGUCCCCUUGGGCUGAAAAGUUUCAGGCUAGCCAAUAUACCUUCUGUCCGAUUGAUAUCGAAGAAGGCAAGAGUCUAAUCUUUUCAAAAGAAUGGAAGCUCCCUUUUAUUAACGAGGAAUCUACAAGUAUUGGGAAUGGUGCAUAUGGCAGGGUCACCAAGGAGAUCAUCGGAAGUGGACAUUUUCGAUCUCGAUCCGAACACCACCUGCCAGGAGCGCCUCACAGCAAAGAUAUUGCGGUCGCUUUAAAACAGUUCGAAGCCAGGGGUGACUUCAGGUCCGAAACCAAAAACCUCGACGUACUUCGCUCAAGUCUCUCCAAGCAUGAUCGCAUUGUUCCUUUCCUCGCGACCGUCACAAUUGGCAAUUCAUUCAACAUUCUUUCCCCAUUGGCAGAGAUGGAUCUAGAGGUCUUCCUUCGCGAAGGGCAUCAAAGAUGCCCAGACUUCACGGUACGUGACCUGAUGCAAGAGGCCGCGCAUCUCGCUGGGGCUCUGGCCUUCCUUCAUCAAGGAUUAGACAGUUAUCCACCAGGCCUUAGCUGCUGCCACAUGGAUCUCAAGCCAGGAAACAUCCUUGUGUUUCAUGGAGAUGCCCCAGACUUUCCAAAAGUGGGAAAGUGGAAGAUUUCUGAUUUUGGAAUUUCGAUUAUGUCUAGACCUGAGAGAACUGGCACGACUGUAACGGAAUUCGUGGAUUCAUUCACCCAUCGAGAGAGAUUAUCGCCGCCUCCUGGCCCAUAUCAAUCACCGGAUGGUGCAGGGCAUGGCCUUAAGAGCGAUAUAUGGUCCUUAGGGUGUAUUUUGACCCGGGUCCUCGCGCUCGGGUUAGAAGGGGCAGAUGGACUGAUGCAUCUUGAUCAAUUAAGGGGGAAAGAUGAUGAUGAAGUAUCCCCUUACGAGAAUGACUAUUUUCACCGUGGCUCGCCUCCUGUGCUGAAUCCCCAUGUCCGGACUUGGCUUUCUGGGCUGGUGGUCAGCGGCCGGUGUAGGUACAACCCGGACUUUCUGGAGGGCUGUCGGUCUUUGAUCCUUUCUAUGCUCGCUAUCAGCCACGAUGACAGACCGAGUGCUAGGGAUGUUCAAGAGCAACUACAUUACUUGGUUGACAUUGCUCAACCGAUUGUCUUUCGGCCACCCAGCACUAACACCAGUAUCGGUGGGUCGGCGUCAGUUGGCAGUGGGUCAGACACCAUAAGUUUCAGCAACAGGGAAAUCCAGCUGGGGGGGGAACGAUUUCUGUUGCAUGCGAUUAGCCUGUGGAAUGGGGACAUCGAUAUUGAGGAGAGGGUUUGGGCCGACGAUGAUAGGCUACUAAUUUAUGUUAUUCGGUUGGGUUUCGCACUGGCCCUUAAGGUUCUCCUGGCUCGCCAGCCGAACCUCGACCUCGAAACCCCAGAUUCCAAAGGAGACACGCCUCUCAAGAUAGCUGCUACUGCUGAGGGGGAGCGUUAUACGCACGUUAUUGAGAUCCUUCUUAACGCUGGUGUGAACAUUGACGCCCCAUCCCGAAAAGGCGUCACUCCACUCAUGUCAGCAUGCAGGCACGGCCAUGUGUCAACCGUCCGACUUCUUCUAGACCGUGGAGCGGACUGCUCACGCCAUUCUGAGGAUGGCUAUACAAGUUUACACUACGCUACGUAUGGUGAGAAUGGAGCGGAGAUCAUCGAGCUUCUCACAGGGAGAGUGUCCUUUGAUAUUCGCCGUCCCGGCAUUGAUGAAACCCCUCUGCUCACACUGAUCAAACGGUAUGAUGGCACGGAAUCGUGGUGGGCCAAGUUCGGAAAACUUUUACAAGGGUCCGCAGACAUCAAUUUGGCCGAUGCAAACCGUUGCACGCCUCUGUCACUUGCUGUAGAGGAAGAUCACUCGCAAUUGGCAGCCAUACUCCUAAGGGAGGGAGCCGAGUAUGGCGAGCGCCCCAAGCCUCGCCGCUUAUCUUCUGAUAUGAUCAGGGUGCUCAAAAAAGCGCAGCCACAAGGACGUCGGCAGAGUCAAGGCAGCUCUGGGUCAUCGACUAGGACUCGUUCGAGUCUUGCUCGCCGUUUUUCUGCGCUUGGAUUUAUGAAAUGA